CGACUAUUUCACUUUGAUCUGGUUUUCUACCUGCAGCCGCUGCAACUGAUCGAAACAGAGAGAGAAAGAGAGUAAUCAGCAGAGGAAUUCAUCGUUGCAGUGAUGGGUAAGGUUCACGGAUCACUUGCUCGUGCCGGAAAAGUGAGGGGCCAAACACCCAAAGUGGCCAAGCAGGACAAGAAGAAGAAGCCACGUGGCCGUGCCCACAAGCGCAUGCAGUACAACCGCCGAUUCGUCACCGCCGUUGUGGGAUUCGGCAAGAAGAGGGGACCCAACUCCUCUGAGAAGUGAGGCUGAGGCUUGAAGAAUGAAUGGUCUUUCUUAGCUUGAAAAAUAUGUUACGACUCUUGAUUUGAUCUUUUCUUUUUUCUUUUUUCUUUUUAGAAGUUAAUGUUUUGAUUAUGUCCCGUGAACGGUUUUUUUAAUAGUUUAAUAUCAGACUAUAUUUUUUGCUUGCAA